GUGACGUCAGAAGGAAUUUCUUCCUCUCCCAUUUGCGGAGUUGAUAAUGCGAGGCAGCAGUGUGGCAUAUUGCAGGAAAUCAGUCAAACCAGCAGUCUACGAUAUUAUGCCGCUUGAUUACUGGAAUUACGUAUACGAAUGAGUUGAAUCUAUUGCCAACGCGAUGACUUCAGGAAUGUCCAACGUUGAUGAAAAGGUGCUACAGUACGAAACGUUUAUCGACGAGGUGUUGAAGCAAGAUUUACAAAGAGUGUUGGAGCAGAGAGAUGGUGUGUAUGAGAAGAUUGCUCAGUACCUGCAACUAAAGAACACCAUUGAGAGUCUCCAGGAAUCGGGAUGCAAGGAUCUGAAGACUGAGGUAGACCUGGGAUGUAAUUUCUAUGUCCAAGCUCAUGUUGAGGACUCAUCCAGGAUCUUUGUUGCUGUUGGCUAUGGAUUUUAUGUGGAGCUCACUUUGCCAGAAGCUCUGAAAUUCAUUGAGAAGAAAACAAGCCAGCUGACUACACAUACAGAUGCAUUAACCAAAGAUGCUGCAAAGAUCAAAGCUAACAUCCGCAUGGUAUUAGAGGGGUUAAGGGAGCUUCAGGGACUGAAAGAUCUUCCAGAGGAGAGAAGGAGGGAGGUGUACUAGUUGCACAUUUGGGGUCUUCUGGGAAACUAGAUGACACUUGUACUUUCUUCCCUACGUGGAUAAAUAUCAAAUUGAUAUUUUACUCUAUACAUUUUAGAUGUAAUUAAGCCAUUGACAAAUGAAUAUAAGUUGACAAAAACUUUAAUGUAUUGAUUUUUUAAAUGUAAAGUUGUAUUAAACUAAUUUGGUCUGUUACCACCAAGUUUCAUAUUGAUGUCUGGUGAUGAUUGGUGGUGGUUGAGGCAAGUUUCCCCCUUAUCACUUUAAGCGCUUUGAGUGUCUAUAAAAGCGCUAUGUAAAUGUGAUGAUCCAUCUAUCUUUGUCUCCUGUAAAAAUAUUUAAUUUGUUGGUGCUUCUCAAAUGAUGCAGUACUAAUAAAAAUGGCACAAUUGCUAAUUCACUGUAAA